AUGGGUGCUUGUUGCAGCAAGACGAAUCCAAUCUCUUCUACGCCUACCCCACUCGAAGUCAAAAUCAAACCUAACCUUCAACAACAACCGGAGAAGAAAACCCAAGCUUCCGUCGCCAUUGUUGCUACAGCUAAAGAGCAAGAAGUUCCCAAGAAGGAGGCUUUUGUCGUCAAACAUCGGAAGAGUCAUGAAAUUGAUCGACACCCAGAUCAAGAAACUCGCAAAUCGAUGGACAGGAAGAAAACCCCUAUUUCCAGUCCGACCACCGACGUUUCUCAAUCGGCCGCGGUUGUUGUUAAUGGUGAAUCGGGGAAAGCGGUGGGUGCAACUGUGAGAACGUCGAGUUGUACUAAAGAAGAGGUGGAUGCGAUUCUGAUACAGUGUGGGGAGGCUUAG